AUGCGCAGGCUGAAAAGUCUUGUGCAGAUCAUUUUAUCGUCAAACAUCAUAUAAUCCAGAGCUGGAUUUACAGUCUGGUCGUGAGUUAUCAGUGGAGCUGGAAUAAUGCUACUUAGGAGUCCAUCCAUGACAGGUUAUGCCGAGACGAGGUCUUAUGAUGCAGUCUGUCUCUCGGCCAAGGAGAAAUAGGAGUAGUUCGUUUUACUCUGGCGACGGAGAAUAACGCGGACACGGUGUGUUGCAGCGUUGGGCAAAGAGUAGAGGAAAAGAUGACGGGGAAAUGUUCCCGAGCUAUAACAAAUCGCAAACAUUUCAAUUUCAAAUUUUAGAGCCAAAGAAACAACGUAAUUCGUUAAAACCAUCAUCACCACCAGUUUAAAUGCACUGCAUCCGUCUCCCGCAACUUUUCCAGUUGUAUUUAUAUCAUCGGUCUCCAUUGUGCCAUCUCCGAUAGUCACUGAACGCAGCACAGCUGAAUGUACGGCCCUCCUUCCGUCGCGUCAGAUCCAACAUGGCGGCGCCUCACGCCGUGGACGGAGUGGAGGCAGGCAGCGGUGAAACAGGGCUGAUUUUGUCAGACUCGUCCUCCGGAGACGUGAGGAGACCUCAGUUCGGGACUCGUUUCCUCACAGACCCGCGGCAGGUCUUCCAGCACAACGCAUGGGACAAUGUGGAGUGGACUAAGGAACAAGAAACAGCUGCUAAGAAGAAAGUCUUAGAAAACAGUCAGCCACUACCUCCAGAGAAACAAGAGGAAUACGACAGCCGGGCCAAUGAGUUUUGGAAUAACUUUUACACAAUCCAUGAGAAUCGUUUCUUCAAAGACCGCCACUGGCUCUUCACAGAGUUCCCAGAGUUGGCCCCACAGUGUGGCCUGAACCAUGAAUCCCAUCCUGAUGUCUCUGGCACAGAUGACGAUCAGCAGGACAGUCUGGAUCAAGUAAAAAGCAGAGAAGUUGCUGCUCCACCUGAUACUGAUGGUGACUUUCCUGGCUCCUCUGCCACAUAUCGCAUUCUGGAGGUUGGCUGCGGUGUGGGGAACACGGUUUUUCCAAUACUGAAGACCAACAAUGACCCGGGACUCUUUGUUUACUGCUGUGAUUUCUCCAGCACUGCCGUGGAGUUAGUCAAGACUAAUCCAGAGUACGACCCUGGGCGCUGCUUUGCCUUCGUUCACGACCUGAGUGAUGUGGAAGCCACUUACUCCGUCCCCGAUGGAACCCUUGACGUCAUAGUGCUUAUCUUUGUGCUAUCAGCAUUGCAUCCCAACAAGAUGAAGGCAUCCAUUAUUAGAUUAGCGCGGCUCCUUAAGCCUGGGGGAGUGAUGCUGCUCAGGGACUACGGACGCUACGAUAUGGCACAGCUCCGCUUCAAGAAAGGGAGGUGUCUGUCAGAAAACUUUUAUGUCCGAGGUGAUGGAACAAGAGUAUAUUUCUUUACCCAAGACGAGCUUCAUGAGCUGUUCACCGAGUCGGGGCUUGAGAAGGUGCAGAACCUUGUGGACAGAAGGCUACAGGUGAACAGAGGGAAACAGCUCACCAUGUACAGGGUGUGGAUCCAGUGCAAGUACCGCAAGGCUCUAGUUCAGCCACCGGAGACGGAAGACUGAGACGGAGGAGAGAACCGGCCCGGCUUGACCUUCAACCACAACCGAAACUAGGAACUGAAAUCAAGGCGGUGCUGGCUUUUUUUCUGAGGAUAUAUGGAAUUGAGAAAGCUCUAUUGUGACUGUGAUAAAGGGAAUGCAACUAGAUAGUUAUAUGCUGUAAAGACCUUAUACUAUCUCAGCUUCUAUAAUGUUGACGGACUCCUUUCGUGGCUAGUGUUCCUGUUGGUGCUGCAGUCCUAGCUACAGGAGUGAUGAUUUCUCAUGUUCUGCUGAUGCCUUCAGUAAUCUGAGAAAAGGGCUGGUUACCCCAAAAUGAAUGUUUCUACUCUGCCGGUGGCUGUUUUUAAAGAGGUGAUGAUGUUUUGAUAUAAAUUGCAUGGUUUUAAAACAAAACAAAACAAUCAAUGAUCUUUUUUUUUUUUUACAUACAAAACGAAUAAAAAUCUAAAC